AGUUCAUCCUGGGGAUGGUGUGAGGCUGUGUGUCGGGCGUGUGGUGGAGGUAGGGCUGGCCGGUCCCUCCUGCUACACCUCUCGCUUAAACACCAUCAUGGAGAAUGAUAUUUUGGACUCACUUGAGGAUCUGGGGUAUUCUGGAGACAUAAAUGAUGAAGCCAGUUUGAAGGCAGCGGUUGAGGGGAGUGGUGGAGGACCACACAAUGUAGCCUACACUAAGCUGGUUGCAUGGGUGACUGGUGAGCUACGAAGUUUAGCAAAUCUUGAAGAAAUGGUCAAUGCAACUACCUCUCCAGAUGAUCAUUCAGCUUUCAUCAUGGAGGUCUCUUCAUUUCUCAAGGAACUGAGUUGCCCGCACAGUCAGUUGACUGAAGGACCCAUGAGCCAGAGACUGAGCAAUGCUGAGUCACGACUUCUUUUACUUGAUUUCAUAUUGGCCGAACUUAUGGCUGCACGUAUGAUAUCUGCAGCAAAACCUGACCAGAGCAUGACAGUUGAGAUGCGCGAGACUGAGCAUGCACGUGACCUAAAACAAUUGCUUAUUGCUCUGGGCUUCCCUAAACCUCCUGCCAAUAUUACUCCACAGCAGCUCUUUGUAAAGGUGGAACAGAAAGUGAAUGACGUUAAAAGUAAAGCUCAUGCUUCUCUGAUUGGUAAACCACUUUUCACUGGUGUCCUAACAGACAAGCAAUGGAAGAUGUUGGAGGAGAUGCAAAAGGAAAUGCAAAACGAAUAUAGAAUGCGAAGAGAGAUGAUGAUUAAACGUCUGGAUGUCACAGUACAGUCAUUUCAGUGGUCAGACAAAGCAAAGAUGCGAGAAAAUGAUUUAACAAAAGCAUUCAGGUCUAGACGUGAUCAAAUGAAGGAGGAACCCAAUGUCUCAAUUGGUGAUGUGCUUGCUGCUCGCGAGGAUCUAGCUGUUCUAGAGAAAACCAGCAGUGCAUCUGUUCGCAAACAGACAAAAUCUGCUCUAAAUAAGAUCAUAAUUGGCAGAGUUCCAGACAGAGGUGGUCGUGCUAAUGAGCUGGAGCCACCCCCACCAGAGAUGCCAUCUUGGACACAGAGACAGCCUGGAGGCGGUGGUGGUGGAGGUGGAGGUGUCUUCAACCAGGCAGCUCAGUCAGGAUUUGGUGGUGGAGGCCGUGGUGGAGGUCGCGGUGGAGGCCGUGGUGGGGGAUUCUCUUCUGGCAGUGAUCGUGUCCAGGGUGGAUGGAAUCAGGGAGGCGGCGGUGGAUAUGAUAAUCGUGGUGGUGGUGGUUAUGAUAACCGUGGUGGUGGAUAUGAUAACCGAGGGGGUGGUGGUGGUGGAUAUAAUAGAAGCUUUGAUAAUCGUGGUGGCAGUGGCGGAUAUGAUAACAGAGGUGGGGGUCGAGGAUUUGACAACAGAGGUGGUGGAGGUGGAUAUGAUAACCGUGGAAGUGGUGGAGGAGGCUAUGGUUGGGGUGGCGGCGGUGGUGGCGGUUACGAUAAUCGUGGUUAUGACAACAGAGGUGGACGUGGAGGCAGAGGCAGAGGUGGGCGAGGGAACAGGUAUUAAAAAUAAUUUCUUGUGCAGCAUGUAAUUGGAGAUGGGGCAUUUACUAGUGCAUCAUCAAACAUUUAUAUUUAAAAUGCAGUUAUACCUAUUAUAUGUACCUUUUAUUGGGAAGUGAAAAUGCACUGCAUUCCAUUGAAAACAGUCACUUGUACACAUUUAUUUAAUAUUUUUGUAAAACAUAUAAGCUCAUAUAAUUGUGAGAAGCAGUUAGCCACCUUUAAUGUAAGAGACUGGUAAGUGUUGUCUUCCAUAAAGACAAUUUACAAGUUGCCAAAAUUAUCUACUAGAAAACUAAAGACAGGUAUUCAAAUGCCUAUCAGUUGCUCUUUUCAAAUUAUGUAAACUGCUCUGCUGUAUUUCUAGCACUAAUGAUAUUCUGUACUCAUAAAUAACUUGCUAAUUACAUAAGGAGAUUCAUA